AUGUGUCAACACUGCAAGGAUCGACGCUCUCUCAUACACGACCUGGAGGAAGGUCUUGUAUCUGCCAAUCCCAGCGCGCAGGAAGCAUUCAAGAAGAUCGAGGAAUUCCGUGAGCACGUCAGCGAAGCGGGAAAGCCUUUCGCUGAGAGGCUAGACCUGGCCAAGUCUCACUACCUCUUCGGGAUGCAGAAGGAGCCUCUUGCUGUGGACGCCGUGAAGCUGCUCAUGUCAAACGGAGAGCUGGGAAAAUGCUACAGCGUCGAGAAAGGCGAGCUCAACCUGUCUUUGCGAACAGGUAGCAUGAAACGAUACAUUAUACGAGAACUGAGAAUGAAGACCCUCCCGGGGUGGAUUGCCAUAGUCGCCAUCCCUAUCCGGACCAUUGACAUCUCCGGAAACCCCAACCUUUCCAGCCUGCCCUUGGAUGAGCUGUGCAGCAUGAGAGAUAGUCUGAAGGAGAUGAACUGCCAAAACUGCAUACGGCUGCAGCUGCCUCCACCAGAGAUCGCCGGUCAAGGAGGAGAAGCAAGUUUCAUGUACAUGCAGAGUGUCAAGACGGACAGCGAGACAAACAAAAGGAUGAAUCUCAUUCUGAUUGGCAACGGGGAGGCAGGGAAGACGAGCGUGUUCAGAGCUCUAAGUUCUGUGGAGAACAAGGCUGGCAAGAUCGAUGUGGACAAGAGGACGAUCGGGAUAGAUCUGGAUAGAUGGGAACCUGAUGGGGCUGACGGGCUGACGUUCGACGUGAUGGACUUCGGGGGACAAGAGGUCUACGGCAAGACGAACCAGUACUUCAUUGUGAGGCGGGCCUUGUACCUGCUGGUGUGGAACGUGAGGACGACGAGAGAUGAGAUGAGUGCAGGUGGAGCCGCAGGGAGCAUGAAGGAGCUGAGGGCGAUGAUUUCUACCUGGUUGCGAACGCUGCAAGCAAGAGUGCCGGGAGCGAGUGUGAUGCUGGUGGCGACGCACAUCGACAUAGCUGGGCAGAGCGAGAUAGAGGAUCAGUCCGAGGAGGUGAGAAAAUGUGUGCAAGAGGAGCUGAAAAAGAUGUCAGAAGAAGAAGACGAGAAUAUUCUUCCCUUACAUGUCAUACGCGAAGGCGGGAGCUUCAGAGUAAACUGUCUUGAGGGAGAGGGAAUCAAGGAGCUCCGAGCCUCUGUGUGCCAGGCGGCAAAGGAGCUGCUGUGGUGGAAUGAGAGCAUACCUCGGCCCUACCUGAAGCUGAGACAUGCGGUGGAAGUUCAGUCAAAGAACGAGCCUUAUUUGAAGGUAGAGCAAUACUUGAAGAUGUUGAAGGAAGCAGAAGUCGAAGAGAAAGAAGAGAAGAUAGUGACGAGCUUCUUGCACGACAUGGGAGUCCUCAAGUACUUCGGUCGGGAGCUGAAAGCAAUGCAUAGCAGGGAAGCAGAGAGCAAGUACUCCGUGGAAGACACGGUCUUCAUUGACAUCGAAUGGAUGAUCGACGUAUUCAAGGGCGUGAUGCGACAUGACUGGCGGCAUCUCCUCGACUUCUUCCACCAGGACCCAACCAAGUCAAAGAAGACGAAGAAGCUGCUACACCUGGGCAUCAUAGACGAAGACAUGUUCGAGUACCUGUGGCCCCAGCCAAACAGCAAGUUCUGGAGCGAAGAGAAGUCAGGGAAGUCAUGUAGAUCAGCUGAGAUAGGCUUCACUAAGAGCCAUGUGGAGGUCGAGCAGGCAGUGGCCCUGCUUCAGGGUUGCGACCUGGCACACUUCCUGGGUGCGGGGGAAAUGGUUGAUGCGGAAAACGAGGAGACCAAGAGGGAGCUGCUUUGCCCCGGCAUCAUCCCGUCGUUUACGCAUCAGCACAAGCAAGCAGUGAGGGACUCGCAUUCUCUGUGCGCACGCCUGCAAUGCGAGUACAACUUCUUCCCCAUCGGCUUCAUCGACAGGCUGGUCGUGCUGUCCGCCGCUCGCCACUUUGAGGUAGACUGCAGCGGCUCGAUGGCGGUGAUGAAGGGCUGGGGGCGAACACUUGUGAUGAGCUGGCGCGAAGACGAAGGCAAGCAUAUGGUGAUAGCAGUUGCGUCGACGAGGCAGCAGAUCGAGAACUUGGAUAAAGACCUGAAGCGGCUGGAGGCGUUCUUUCCGGGGGUGAAAAGGAGGAGUGAUAAGAAAGGCUCGGGCAAGGAGGCGGUGCAGGUUGGGAUCUUUUCGUAUGGAGUGAAGUCAGGAGAGUGUGCGUGCAAUAUUGAAGGAAAUAUGAUGAACAUAUACAACGCAGAGAAACGCUGCAUAGAUCUCACAUGCACGAUCUACCGAUGUGAGAGGCAAAUUAGCGAUCUGACUGAUAAUUGCCUCGUGAACAUCUUGUGCAUCUCGACCGAGUUUUUGGAUGAGCUUGAAGCAAAGCAAGGAGGAGGAAGCUUCUGCGAGCGAUGGAACAUGUUGACCACGAGCAAAGCAGUCAUCAUCCCUGUUAUUCUGAAGGAUUAUUAUCACAAGCACAUUGAAGGGCCUAGAAGGUUUAACAAGUGGUGGCCGCAGAGGAUACAGAAGAUGGAGCGAUACAAGGUGUUCCACAAGUACAUCAAGGAUGACAAAGUCUCGAUGUGCAUGCUGUAUGACAGUAUCAUUAUGAAGUUGCAUCACGGACGAGGGAGCUUCGAAGACUUGUUGGAUGUCACCAGUCAGAACAUGCUUCUGUGCGAAGAUUGCUUGUAUCAGAUGUCCAAGUCUCAAGAUCACUCGCGGGGCGAUGAAGGUGUUGGCACAUUUGAUCCCUCAGAGGUGAAAAGAGCCAUAGAAGAUCGAAGAACCGGCAUCACGACCAAACAGAGAGGGCUAGAUAGAGAAGAUUUCAUCCAACGGGAGAUCAUGGUGAACUUUAUCGCUUGCUCACGUGGUCACAAGAAGCUUGUAAAGGAGAUGCUUGAGUUCAACAGCUCCAGCUCCCCCUGUCCGUCGUGCUUGAAGCAGAAGACUGUACCUCACUUCUUCAGCAGACCGACGUGUCUGAGCAAGCUUGCUCGCGACCUUGCGGCUAAAAUUGAAUGUCCUACAUGUGGAAUGCACGUGGAUGUCUUCGACGUCACGCCUCCGCAGGUUUUCUUGAGCUACCAGUGGGGGCACAAGUGUUCGACGCAAGAAAUGGUGAAGCAGGUGAAGCGGCGGAUCGAGGAGCAGACAAGCUUGCAGUGCUGGCUCGACGUGGAGGGAGGGAUCAACCCUGGUGAAGAUCACAUGCAGAAGAUGGAGCUCGGGGUGUCUCGGUGCGAGGUGUUUGUGGUCUUCAUGAGCGACAAGUACGUCAAGAGCGCCAACUGCAGGAGGGAGUUCGCGCGGGCGUGUGAGACAGGAAGGUAUAUCAUCCCAGUGUUGGUGCCGGUUCAAUUUCAACCGGAUCAAGACUCGGCUAGCGGCUUAGAGUCCGAGUCCGGCUGGAAGGGCGACAAGAGGCAUCAAGACUGGUGGAAGAGGAUCUCUGGGAUCGAGCAGGGCGAAGGAGCUGCGCUAGAAGUUGAGGUCAACUGGAGGCAUUUCAAGUCAUUUCCUCAGACCUUCGAGCUCGAAGCUGAGAUGCGAGGAGAAAAGGUGCUGGUGAAGCGAGGUGUUCAAGAGCUGGUCGCGGCUGUGCAGGCAAGAGCUUACAGGGGAAGCAUCGUCUGGCACGAGUUGAAGCCUGUAGCAUGGGGAGCGAGCAUCGCACGUUCUUGCGCAGAAGAGAAACCUGAGAUGGAGCAACGGGUUCACCAAGAGGAGGAGCCGGAGAGCACACCAGGAGGGGAGGAUGACUUUGGGGAGCAAGACGAGGGGAGAUAUGAGAAGCUGAAUCCGAUGGAGGAGCUGCUGGGCAGUGGAAGUACAACCCUUUUUAAGGAUCGAGACAGGAGCAAGGAUUACGAAAUUUCUGCUGGAGAUGGCGUGACUGGGGAUGAAAAGUACGCCCUUGCAGAGUAUCAGACGAAGGCGUCAUCUUGUUGUGUCGUCAGUUAG